CAACUUUGACCUGUGACGUAUUACAUCUACGGCAAUUCAUCAGGGUCAACGCUGCCGAAACACUUCCGAAUCCACGCGACUGACAUUGUCUCCGAUAAUUGGCAUGAGUGUUUAGUGAAGAGAUACCCUCUGUUGGAGAACAGCCGAGACAACGAGGAUGGCUCUAGAACAACUAAGUGAUAUCGUCCAGAGAUGUCAAGUCAUCCAAGAUGACAACUAUACGACUGAGGAUUAUUCCGUGUUCCAGAUAGCUGGACGUACCUGUCUAGAGGAUGGAGAGAGUGCUCAGGUUCUGAGUAUCGUCCUAGAUGAGGAAAAUAAGAACAUAGUGAGAUGUAUGGGCUGGAACCUGCUGGGUCCUCUGGUUCAGAUUCUGCUGAAGAAGGAGGAAAAUAAUCUUCCUCACUGCCUCGCCAUCCUCGCACACCUGCUGGAGGUUUGCAGUCCCAAGGAGCUACUGGUUGGCUUGCUGGAGCAGGUUGAGGAGGCUCACCCUGACUCCAUCGCAGAGACCGUCAUCCUCCUGCUGCAGCCACUACAGAAAGUGUUGUUGCGGCUGGGCAGCCGGAAGGCCUCCUCGGUGGGCAUGGCUCUCUCCACUCUGCUGGACCAGGUGGCCAGGCUGCCCGUGCCCCAGACUAAGGAGCAGGAGGAGGACGACGUGUUCAGCCUGUGCCGCUGCUGCUCGGCCCUGCUGCUCUUUGUCAGGCCCUUCGUGGAGGAGGCCAAGCAGAGCAGGACGCCCAAAGAGGAUGAGCUGAGGACUGAGCUGCUCAAGUUCAGUAUGAAGAGUCUUUGUGAGCCUCUUCUGGAGGUGCAGCUGAAGGAUCCUGAAACCCUAGCAGAAUCUCCCCUCAGGAACUUUGCCACAGAGAUUCUGGGCAUCUUGUCAGACAUCGGGGAGUCCCUCCCUGACCUACUGUCUCACAGCCUGCUGAGGAGGAGAGAGGUGCCUGGGUUCCUGGAGGAAGAGGUGUGCUACCCCAAAGAGUCUCUGGCCUGCCUGGCCUACCUGCUGUUCGUACAGCACAUUGCCAUGGAUAGUUUCCCCACAGUCUUCAACUCAGUGUUUAUUCUUCAGUGUAAUAUGGAAUACAUCAACCUCUUCUUGAGCAGAACGGAAGAAUCCAGACUGCAGAAAGGACUGGACCUGUAUGAAAAGAGCCUGGUUAGGGUUGAGGACAACAGUCUCCCAGUCCAGCUAAUGGAGCUCAAAUCUUUCUUCAGUGUCCCUCAGAACUUGGUGAAAGUCAUGACAUUGUGUCCAAUUCAGCAUUUGAGAACUAAAGGACUAAAAGUACUGCAGUUGAGCAUCGAUAAAUUUGACACGGAAGCCAAAUACAAAUUCUUCCAGUGCAUGCUGAAGACAAGUCACCAUGCAGGAGUAGAGGGCUACAUCAUCAAGAACAUCAAAAACCAGAUCGACUUUGCCUUUAAGCCGGACAAGGGUAACGAGUGGUUCAUGGGGCCACACCUGUUCCCUCUCCUGCGUCAGGUGCUGUGUCUCCCCCAGGGUCCUGAGACCGACCUCCUACAGAACCUGGACAGGGUGAUGGAGUCUCUGAACCUGCUGCGCUAUUUACUCAUCAGAGACAAAGCGUGGAGGAACCAGACGGGGAUCUGGACUGAGCUGUAUAAGAUUGAGGACUACUACAUGAAGCCACUACGCACAGGGUUGAACAUGUCCAAAGCCCACUACGAGGCUGAGCUCCAGAACACCAAAGACAACAGCAAGAAGACCAAUGCUAAAGGUCACAGUUAUGAAAACUAGGACACUAAAGAAGCCUUUCUACUGACUCUGAAAAACACCAAAAGAAAGAUGCCCAGGGUCCCUGCUCAUCUGUGUGAACGUGCCUAAGGCAUGCUGCAAGGAGGCAUGAGGACUACAGAUGUGGCCAGGGAAAUAAAUUGCAAUGUCCUUACUGUGAGACGCCUAAGACAGCGCUACAGGAAGACCGGACAGACAGCUGAUCGUCCACGCAGUGGCAGACCACGUGUAACAACACCUGUACAGGAUCGGUACAUUCGGACAUCACACCUGCGGGACAGGUACACAAUGGCAACAACUGCCCGGGUUACGCCAGGAAUGCACAAUCCCUCCAUCAGUGCUCAGACUGUCCGCAAUAGGCUGAGAGAGGCUGGACUGAGGGCUUGUAGGCCUGUUGUAAGGCAGGUCCUCACCAGACAUCACCGGCAACAACGUCGCCUACGGGCACAAACCCACCGUCGCUGGACCAGACAGGACUGGCAAAAAGUGCUCUUCACUGACGAGUUGUGGUUUUGUCUCACCAGGGGUCAUGGUCGGAUUCGCAUUUAUCGUUGAAAGAAUGAGCGUUACACCGAGGCCUGUACCUUGGAGUGGGAUCAAUUUGGAGGUAGAGGGUCCGUCAUGGUCUGGGGCGGUUUGUCACAGCAUCAUCGCAGGCAAUCUCAAAGCUGUGAAAAUAAACGCAGUUGGCAGUGCGAGGACAUUUAUUUUUUUGCCGAGUUUACUUCUGUGGUGUCUAUUUUGGCUCCUUAGGGAACGAAUUGGCUUUCUAUCCAUGUUUUCUUCAUGUGAUAGUAACUUCUGUUUGUCU